AUGAACAAGACGCAGUUUUACUUGUCCCAGUGUGCCGAGGCGGCUUCGAAGAGCCCUAUGUGCUUCACCCUUGGAGCAGUCAUGGUCAAAGGCGGGAAAGUCAUCUCGUCGGGGUACAACCAUCACCGACCGCACUAUGACGGCUCUGAGGUUCGGACGCAAGGGCAUCGCAAGCCUGUCUCGAUGCAUGCGGAGAUGCACGCGAUCUUCAACUUGACGGGCAUGUCUCCAUCGUUUAAGAAGCAGGUUCAAGGGAUGGAACGGCGGGUUCCACAGGCUACAAGAGGGCCGCAACCAGAACAUCGAACAAAAGGUCAACAGCGUCAGCAUAACCGCUCGCGCAGGGGCAAAGGCAAGGGAAAGGGUCGCCCCGAGAGCGCCGCCCUCAGUCCGGGGCGCAGCGGCGGCGGUAGUAGUGGCGAGAGUAGCGAGAGCGAGCGCUCCAAGGCAUGCUUUCACGAGCACGGUGCGCGCGGUAGGGAAGCGGACAAGGGAUGGGAUGCCAGGAGGCGGGACCCGCGAGUGAAUGGUGCGGAUAUAUACGUGGCUCGCUUCACGAAGAACGGGAUGGGCAGUGCGAAUCCUUGCUGGCGUUGCCUGGAGUGGUGCAGGUGGGCGGGGGUAAAGCGGAUAUUUCAUUGGAACGACAAGGAAGGCAGGUUUGACGUGAUAAAGGUGAACAGUGCGCAGGGUAGUGUUAUAUAUGAGACACAUGCCGAUUUUCGUCUCUCCGGUGGUCUGGGAUGGUGA